CCUUAACUCGUAGUUCCACACACCAAGCUACCAAAACCAUUUUCAUCAAAACAACAGUCUCAAAAACCUUUGAAAGAACAAUAUAUCUAUUUUCUUCUAUUUUUCUGAUAUAAUAGACAAUAAUGGCCCUCCUCAAACACCUCUUCUUCUCCUUCACCAUUUUCAUCAUUUCUUUUGUUUUUUGUUAUGGCAGCUUGCAAGAGGACCCACUCACCAGUAUAUAUGUUCAUCAUUCACCUUCCGUUGAUGAUGGUGGGACAUUAUUCAAGAACUUCAACAAGCAAAGCGCAAAUGUUUUGAGCUUAAACAGGUUUGAGAAGCGUGGCUCCCUUAAAAAGGUUAAUGUCAAUGAUUAUGGAGCUAAGAGGAAUGGUGAUACUGAUGACUCAGAGGCUUUCAAAAAGGCUUGGGAUGAAGUAUGUGAUUCUGGGGAAGCAAUUCUUGUGGUGCCUAAGGACAAUUAUCUUCUCAAACCAAUAAGAUUCUCUGGCCCUUGCAAACCUAACAUUGAAGUCCAGAUUUCUGGAACACUUGAAGCAGCAGAUGAUCCAUCAGAUUAUGACGAGGACAGCAGACACUGGCUUGUGUUUGAAAAAAUUAAGAACCUGUAUGUUUAUGGUGGUGGAACCCUCGAUGGAAAUGGCAAAGUAUGGUGGGAAAACUCAUGCAAAAAGAACAAAAAGCGACCUUGCAAGGAUGCUCCAACAGCUCUGACUUUCGAUAGGUGUGAGGACUUGACAGUUGAGAACUUGAACAUAGAAAAUGCUCAACAAAUCCACGUUUCAUUCCAAGACUCCGAGAAUGUUAAGGUUUCUGGCCUUAACGUGAAUGCACCAGAGGACAGCCCCAACACCGAUGGGAUUCAUGUCACGAAAACAAAAAACAUCCAAAUCUCAGAUUCUGUCAUUGGAACUGGUGAUGAUUGUAUAUCUAUUGUACAUGGAUCUAAAAAUGUAGAAGCUACAAACAUUACAUGUGGACCGGGACAUGGUAUCAGUAUCGGAAGCUUAGGUGCAGGAAAAUCCAAGGAUGUUGUUUCGGGAAUAAAAGUGAACGGAGCCAAGAUUUUUGGAACCAAAAAUGGAGUUAGAAUCAAGACAUGGCAGGGAGGUUCAGGAAGUGCUAGUGACAUCAAGUUUCAGAACAUUGAGAUGAGCAACGUGACCAACCCCAUAAUAAUAAAUCAGAAUUACUGUGACAAGAAAAAAAGGCCAUGCCAAAAAGCGGGCUCGGAGAAAUCCGCUGUAGAAAUCAAGAAUGUGGUGUACGAGAACAUCAGUGGUACAAGUGCUUCUGAUGUAGCUGUGAAGUUUGACUGCAGUGAGAAAUUUCCAUGCCAGAAGAUAAAAUUGCAGAACAUAGACCUUGCAUGUGAAGGAGGAGAUGAUGCUGAGGCUCUGUGUAACAAUGUUGAUAAGUUAUCUUACAUAGGACACGUUAAGCCUCGUUGCAGUAAAGAAUGAAACUUUUACAUACUUCUCGUAUAU